AUGAAAGCCGAAAUUCUCAAUCUUUUUCGUUUAGUCAAGUCUAAGCCGUCAAAAGACUCCCCGGAGUCUGGUCUGCUCGGGCGAGAACAAGGCAAGUACCUGUCGAAGACACCCUCCGUCGACAAGUUAGAUGCCGCGUCGACCACCUGGCGCCAGCGGAGACGACAGAAUGCACGCGAUUCAGCGCUCCACCGCCUGCCCAACGAGCUCUUGUUUGUCAUUUUCCGCGAGUCCGACUUUCUGUCCCAGCAAAUGAUUCGACAGACGUGCCACCUCUUUGCCGCUCUGAUUACAGGCUUGGGCGGCAGUCGUGCCGGACAGAGAUUUGAUGGCACAUACGAUGUACGCCAGAUCUGGCCAUGCCAUGGAUCGGCAGCCCGCCGCGAGGCGAUUCGGCCGGAGUGGACCGCACUGACCCGCCGAGACAAGGAGGGUCUGUGUACUGAUUGUACGGAGUUUGAACAGUCGGGCCAGCUCAAGGAGUGUCUCGAGUGGCUCGACCUGUUACUGUGGUGCAGCUCCUGUCAGACGUACCACAAGCGCGGCAUGUUUCCGGCCUCCCACCGCCGUAAGAUCAAGGCUGAACGGAGUUGCAUUGGAUGGCAAGGCCGUUGGCGCAUCUGCCCGCACCGCAGCCUCUCGUGGGGUCGGCUGAUACAGGAAUGGGCGAUGUGUUGGUGGACAGGCGAAUGGGAGAUUCGUACGCUGUAUGGCUGGCGGGGCGCGGAGCUGCCGCUAUUUGCGUGCGGCGAGGGGUGCGCCGUUCCAGGAGGCUGUACCAACGGGGACAACCGCGUGCCGAAGAUGGACACUGUCACUCAUGCCUACGCCGUCGACUGGAGCGAGGAACACGAGCGGGAUGGGCCUCGACACUGGGUGGGCACCAUGUGGCGCGCUGCUCUCUUUGACUGGACCCGUCCGAGCCGCUCUCGUUGCGGUCUUUCCAGGAGAAACUCGACGACCCGGGCAACAGAAACAGAAAACGCGCCUCAGGGACGUACCUCUGCCCACAUGUCCGCUUCGACGACGAACAACAGCGACAACAACGACAACAACGAGACCAAAAUGAACCGAGGCCCUGGGUAUACCAUGCAGCAGCACGGGUACGACUCGGACACGUGCCAGUGGCACUGUGCCUGCCAUGGCGCAGGCCGAAAACACGCCUCGCUGACGCGACCGACCAAGCCCGACGGGACGGUCUGGAAUGUCUGGCAGCUGCGGGAUGUCCAGGGUACGAAUGGAAUGAAUCUGUACGAGCCCAUCCCGAACCACUUGCAUGAAUACCAGUGCUCGGUGUGUGACGCCCGGUAUUCUUGGCUACGGGAAGGAAACACCAUGGUCCUGCAGCACGUGAGCUGGUGUGGUCCAACGGAUCGUCCGGAUGGGACGUGGAUUCGGAAACUCGACCCUCACUCAUGGAACAUCCCCAAAGACAAGAAGACAAAGCACGUCUAUUGGUGCCCCGACAGCACCUGCCGGACAAACCACGAAUGGCAGGCACUCUACAAGCGUCUCGGGGUGUAG